AUGCGACUUCUUCAUUUUGAUCAGUUUGACCGACUCCUCUUAACAGACUUUCACGGGAAACCUAUCCCACCAUAUGCUAUUCUUUCACACAGAUGGGAGGAAUCGGAAAUUCUCUUCGAAGACAUAGCUGGCGAGACUUAUAAAGAGAAAAGGGAUGGCUAUCGCAAGCUUAUGUUUUGCGCUCAACAGGCGGCCCAAGACCAACUCCAGUACUUCUGGAUUGACACGUGCUGCAUCAAACGAUGGGACAGACUUGAGCGCUCGCGAGCGAUCAACUCAAUGUUUCGUUGGUACAGCAAAGCGGCUAAAUGCUAUGUGUUCCUAUCGGAUGUACCCAAUGCAACAGACACAAUACAGAGCGGCAGCUGGGAGGCAUCCUUCAGGGCAAGCGUGUGGUUUACUCGAGGCUGGACACUACAAGAGCUGAUUGCGCCAGCAUCGGUGGAGUUUUUCUCCUGUAGGGAACAGCGACUAGGGGAUAAGAGGUCCCUGGAGCAACUAGUGCAUGAAAUCACCAAAAUUCCGCUCGCAGUAUUGCAGAAUCAUCCCUUGGACCAAUUCUCUCUACACGAGCGAAUGCAUUGGGCCGACAAUCGCGUCACCACCGAACAGGAAGACAUUGUGUACUGCCUUUUUGGACUUCUAGGUGUAACCAUGCAGAUCAACUAUGGCGAAGGCAAGGAUAAAGCAUGGAGAAGACUUCAAACGGAAAUAGAGGCAACUAACAGCACACCUUCCAUCAUUCCAUUUUCCCGCAACGAGCAAUUUGUCGGGCGAGAGUCUCAGCUUGCCACACUACAGGCAUAUUUGUUUAGCAACGACCAUACUACUACUAUGACUAGAUUGGCUAUAGUAGGACUUGGCGGAACAGGGAAAUCACAGCUGGCACUAGAACUUGCGUACAGAGUAAGAGAAGAGAUCAAGACUUGCUCAGUGUUCUGGUUGGAUGCAAGCAACACGGACAGUCUCGAACGGUCGUACGAGAGCAUUGCUCAAAGGCUCAAUAUUCCUGGAUGGGACGAUGAAAAGGUAGACGCAAAGCAGCUUGUAAAAUCUCAUCUCGAAAAGGAGGACACAGCACAUUGCUUGCUGAUUUUUGACAACCUAGAAGAUAUCACACUACGAGCUGGUGGGAUAUCGUCAGCAGGGGAAGUGGGUUUGACUGCCUACCUACCUCAAUCUACGCGAUGCCAUGUCGUAUUCACAACAACUGAAAGUAGCCUAGCUGAGCAAAUGGCGUCGCACGCGCUUAUAGAGCUGCAGGAGCUAACACCAGAUGCCGCCAAGGAGAUGUUGAAGAACUACUUGAAUAAAGACAAAAAAUUUGAUUCAACUGAGGAACAGCACGCAAGGCUUUUGCUGCAAGAGCUUUCACAUCUUCCGCUAGCGAUUGUCCAAGCGGCAGCUUAUAUCAAUGCCACAGCUAUAUCGCUUGAGGGUUACCAAUCAAAAUUGAAGACGCAUAAUGACUACGAUGUCAAUCAAGAUAGCGGGCCAUCAAGUGACAAACUACAGAGGUUGAGAGCAAAGGAUCCUGUGGCUACCACGCUAUUCAUCUCCCUCGACGAGAUCCACCGUAGCAAUGCGCUUGCAGUAGACUAUUUGUUACUUGCAGCCUGCGUGGCCUCCAAGGAUAUCCCGUUUGAUCUCUUCGACGACGAAAAUAUUCGAGAACGAGAAAAUGCUAUACAUUUGCUCAGUAAAUACGGGCUAGUUACUCGGCGGCCCGAAGAUUCUGCAUUGGACUUGCACCGACUGGUUCAUUGUGCAUUGCAGGAGUGGCUACAGCAGCAGAAUCAGUUCCAGGAACAGAUCGAUUAUGCCAUCAGACGGCUACUUCAGAUCUUCCCAGAAGACGACUAUCAGAAUAUGAGUAAGUGGAGACGAUUGUUUCCGCAUACCAAGUACGCUUUGUUGUAUAGAUCUCCUGAAGCAGAGGAUGUUGAAUGGGUAGGUCUAGUAUCGAAAUACGCAAAAGCACUGUACAGGGACGGACAUUAUAACGAAGCGGAAGUGCUGUUUAUACAAGUUACGGAUUCGAGAAGGAGGGUACUUGGGGACGAGCAUCCUAGUACACUGAUUUGUGUAGCGAACCUAUCAUCGACGUAUGCUAAACAAGGGCGGUGGAAGGAGGUUGAAAAUCUAGAUAUGCAAGUACUAGAGAUGGCAAAGAGGGUCCUUGGGGACGAGCAUCCUAACACGCUGAUUUGCAUAUCAAACCUAGCGUCGACGUAUCUAUAUCAAAAGCGGUGGAAGGAGGCUGAAGAGCUGGAGCAACAAGUAAUAGAGAUAAGAAAAAGAGUACUCGGGGACGAGCAUCCUAACACUCUGAUUAGCAUGUCAAACCUGGCAGCAACCCACAGUAAUCAACAGCGAUGGAAGGAGGCUGAAAACCUAUUGGUGCAAGUAGCAGAGACAUCAAAGAGGAUACUUGGGCAUGAGCAUCCCGAAACACUGGUUAGCAUGUCUAAUCUUGCCUUUAUCCUAAGGGCGCAAGGACGGCACGAAGAAGCCAUCUCUCUCAUACAGCCAUGCUACCAGCUGCGCGAGCGAGUUCUUGGAGCGCAUCAUCCUGAUACAAAAUGGGCAUUUGCUUUGCUAAACAAGUGUCGGGCAAGGAAGUAG